AUUAAAGUCUCUUUACUAUAAUAUAUUUCAUGUAAGUAAGUGAUUAUAUUUCGUCUCACAGGCAAGGGAUGAAUAUGUGUGUCACCUCUAGUCUUCGUCGCUUCCAUUUGUUGUGGAUUCUGCGUCUAACAGUGUGUUUCGAGUAUGAUGAUGAGAGAAGUGAAACUCAGAAGGAAGACAGCCUCAAAGUAUAUCACAAUCAGCCUCACUUCCUACAUGACCUCACUACUAAUGUAUCCAUCCAGUUGGGUUCCACAGCUCACCUACACUGCCGUAUUAGAGGUCUCAGGGACCAGUCUGUGUCUUGGUACAGACGACGCGGAGAUGAGAUACACCUUAUCACCUUUGGUUUCCACACCUACCAUAAUGACGACAGGUUCACCAUGACUUACGAACACCCACACGACUGGCGACUCCGUAUCCGCUACGUGCAGCACCGGGAUGAAGGCACCUAUCAGUGCCAAGUAUCUACUCAUCCUCCACUUAUUCAUACCAUCCACCUCCACGUAGUAGAGGCAGCAGUGCAGAUCCUGGACGGCCGCGGGAUGGUCUUGCAGGAAAAGUUCUACCGGACGGGUUCCACUAUAGAACUGCAGUGUCGUGUGUCUGGUGUGCCCACCGCCACGGCUCUCCAGAUAGCCUGGUACCACGACAACAACAAACUCAACUACAACACUUCCAGAGGUGGUGUCAGCGUGAAGACGGAGCUGCGAGGGAGCAUCGCUCGUUCCUGGCUACGUGUUGCCAACGCUCAGCGGGAAGAUUCUGGUACUUACUAUUGUAACGUCACACAACUGUCUGCUGCUAGAGCACUCAUACACGUGGUAACAGAGGAGUAUCCGGCAGCCAUUCAGCGAGGAACCAGUGUGAUACCUUGGAGUGGUCUGGCUCUACUGUCUUGCUUUACUUCCAUCCUGGCCCAGUUAUUCCUCAACUCUUAUUCCAGUUGCUACAAGUAUUCUUGUUACCGGUACUAUUGCUCCAGUUGUUACUGUUGUGCGCCACACAGAUAAGCUCUCUGCAUAACCUGUUGAGAUAUAAUAUUUUUAUAUACUCUGCUAACAUAAUUGAAAUUCUGGUAGGUUUUAUCACUAAUAAAACAUAUAAAGCAUAGGACUAGAUGGGAAGAAAACGUUUACUAGAAACAUCAAGAAAUUUCAGCAAUGUUGACAUUCAGGAAGAUACGCCACGAGAAGACUGAAUAAUUGCAAUGGAAACUUGAAAGAGAAAGAACAUGUAGUGUUGGUUGUACAGUAUGUUCAAAGUUGUAGAAUUGUAAUUUUCCUGACAGUAGAAGUAGGUACAAUGUUAUUCAGUGGCCUUGU